UUCCGCUGCUGGUGCUAACAUGUUAGCACACAGUGACGCGUUCAGCUCGUCUUGUCGGAGGACUUCGGUGACGUCCACAGUUGUGUUUUUUCGGACGUGUUUGCGUGUUUUCUGUGUGGACAUUGAUUCACUCUUUUGACACACGAGUGAAAUAAUAGUUACAAACACUUAGUUAAGCUAGCGGUAGCCCCCUGGCGGGCUAGCAUUAGCUGUUAGCUCCUCGUUGCCCCGACAACGGGGCCAAACAAAAUCGGCUAUAACGAGCUGACGGCUAACUGAGAGAGUCGUUGUUGUUGACGAUGAUGAUGGCGGACGAAGGCAGGGGGGCUGAUGAAGAGGAGCGCGGCCCUGGAGCGGCUCAGCACGUGUUUGUGUUGAUGGAAAGUUUAAUGGAAAAACUCAAGGUGUUAAACUAUGAGGAGGAGAUUCUGAGCAAACACAACAUGAAGAACCUGUCCAGACAUUAUUUUGUCUCCAGUCCAUAUCUGGCUUCUAACCCUGGUGAGCAGUUCUACAUGUUCACCAUCAUCGCGGCGUGGCUCAUCGACGCUGCGGGGAGGCCGUUCACCAAACCGCAGGAGUCCGACGAGCCCAACGCCACCGUGUCCAACAUCCUGGCCGAGCUGCGAGCUUUUGGUGUUAAAGUGGAUUUCCCACCCUCCAAACUGAAGUCUGGAUCAGGCGAGUACGUCUGCCUGGUUCUGGACCGCCUGGCCGAGGAGGCCCUGAGGAGGCGGGGCUUUUCCUUCAGAAGACCAACCUACCCGACAGAAACCACAGAGGAAGAGUCUGUGAUGGAGGACGACGCAGAGCUCACACUCAGCAAAGUGGAGGAGGAGAUGAUCGACGAACCUGAUGAGGAGGAGGAGAACGUGAUGGAUCUGGAGGCUCUGAAGUUACGCUCGACCAGGGCCGAAAUGGAGACGUCAUCUAAACCGGACGAGAUCCUGGAGGCGACGGUGGAUGCGGCUGAGUGGAGCCUGGAGGUGGAGAGAGUUCUGCCUCAGCUCAAAGUCACUGUCAGGAUGGACAACAAGGACUGGAGGAUCCAUGUGGACCAGAUGCAUCAACACCGAGACGGGAUCAGGUCUUCACUCAAAGAGGCCAAGAGUUUCCUGGACAAACUGCAGGACGACAUCAGCAGGAGUCUGGAGAAGGUGAGCAGCAGAGAGAAGUACAUCAACAACCAGCUGGAACAUCUGAUCCUCGAGUACAGGAGCGCCCAGGCUAAACUGAGCGAGGUCAGAGAGCGAUACCAGCAGGCGAGUGGAGGAGUCACUGAACGCACCAGGGUCCUGGCUGAGAUCAGUGAGGAGCUGGAGAAGGUGAAGCAGGAGAUGGAGGAGAAAGGCAGCAGCAUGUCCGAUGGAGCUCCGGUGGUGAAGAUCAAGCAGAGUCUGACGAAGCUGAAGCAGGAGAUCGUUCAGAUGGACGUGAGGAUCGGCGUGGUGCAGCACACGCUGCUGCAGGCCAAACUCAAAGAGAAGUCCAACAUGACACGCGACAUGCACGCCACCAACAUCCCCGAGUCCACGGUUGGCACCGGGCCCUUCACGUGACGCAGAACGCACAAAUCACCAGAGGAAGUCUUAAGCAAACACCAAAACAUUUCACUUAUUUAUUCUUUUUUUGUACAUGGACAUAAAAUCAAUUUUGAUACAAGUUAGUGAUUAAAAAAUAUCUCUGAAUAAAAAUAAACUUUAUCCUCG